UAAAAAAAUUGCAAAAAUUACGAAAUAUAACUUAAAUCCUAAAACCCUGAUUUAUAUAUUGUAGAUAUUAAACAAAUAGAUAAUAAAGAAAAAAACAUUUUAAAAGCCUUUCUUUUAUUCGGAGAGCAUCCACGAGAAAUGAUAUCUCCUGAAACAGGAUUAAAUCUAGUAAAAACCUUAUGUGGCUAAAGCAAAAUAACUUAAAACAAUAAUAUUAAAGAUAUAAGAUCAUUAUAUCAUAUAUAAAUAAUGGUAAAUGCAAACCCAAUAUCAAGAUAAUUAGUAGAAAAAGGAGAUUUUUGCAAAAGAGAAAAUGAAAAUGGUGUUGAUACAAAUAGAAAUUGGGACAGUCACUGGAAAUUAGUUUAAGAUCAAAAUUUAUAAAUAAAUUCAGGUCCGAAACCUUUUAGUGAAAUAGAAUCUUUAACUGCAAGCUAAGUUUCUUAACUUUUUAAGCCAGAUAUAUUUAUUAGUAUACAUUCUGGUACUUUAGGUUUAUAUAGUCCUUGGGCAUACUCAAAUUAAUAGGCUAAUAGAAAUGAAUAAAACAUGAUUGAUAUAUUAAAUAUAGUAAAUGAUAAGUAUUGCAAAGAAUGUGGAGUUGGGGCUGCUGGUAAAGAAGUUGGUUAUUUAUGUCCUGGAACUUGUAUUGAUUAUUUUUAUGAAAAUGGUACUGAAUAUGCAUUUGCAUUUGAAAUUUAUGAUAAAUAUACGAAUUUAUAAGAAGUUCUUAAGCCUAAAAAAUUAAAUAUUGAGUAAAUAAUUUUUUGA